AUGAACCGACACGACCUAAAACACCCGCAUAGAGAACUCCGUGCCUUGCUUGGAACACGCUUCAGCACAGAUAGUGCCGUCCGAGACGCACACGCCCGCGAUGCCUCCUAUCACCGUGGCGCGCUCCCAGAUGCUGUCGCUUUCCCGAAAACCAACGCUGAAGUUUCCGAAAUUGUCAAAAUUUGCGCGAAAUACAGUAUACCGAUAGUCCCCUACGGCACUGGUACGGGUGUUGAAGGUGCUGUUGUCGCAACCGAAGGCACGCUCUGCAUCGCGCUGAACGAAAUGAACAGCAUCCUCCGCGUCAGUCAAGACAACAGAGAUGCCACCGUCCAAGCGGGUGUAACACGCCUGCAAUUGAACACACAUCUCACAGAGAUAGGAACACGACUCCACUUCUCUGUCGAUCCGGGGGCAGAUGCCUCAUUAGGUGGGAUGGCGGCGACGCGCGCAUCGGGUACAAGUGCUGUCCGAUACGGUACGAUGCUCGAUAAUGUCCUCGGCUUGACUGUCGUCACUGCCGACGGCUCUAUCGUCCGGACGGGGAGUAGAGCACGGAAAUCCGCUGCAGGCUAUGAUCUCACACGUCUAUUCAUCGGUUCAGAAGGCACAUUGGGGAUCAUUACUGAAAUUACGCUCAAAUUGACACGGUUACCGGAAGCAGUCGCAUCUGCUGUCUGUGCGUUCCCAACCGUAACCGCAGCGGUGGAAACUGUUAUCGAACUGAUGGGUACAGGUGUCAACAUCGCCCGCAUUGAACUUUUAGAUGAACUCCAGAUGGAUGCCGUCAACAAGUAUGCGGGGUUAGCGUAUGAAGUCGCACCGACACUCUUCUUUGAAUUCCACGGCUCCGCACACACCGUCGCAGAGAGUUCGGAGAUUGCUGGAACCAUCGCAGCGGCACACGGGAGUGGCGAUUUCCGAUGGGCAACAGACGAAAACGAGCGCAAACGCCUCUGGCAAGCCCGCUACGACAGUUACUACGCCGCCUUGAACCGUCGUCCCGGUUCCGUCGGCUACGUCACCGAUGUCUGCGUGCCGAUAUCUGAACUCGCCGAGUGUAUCGCCAAAACGAAAGCACUUCUCGCUGAAUCAAACCUUGUCCCGUCGCUCCUCGGACACGUUGGAGACGGGAAUUUUCACGUCGUUUUCCCACUUGAAGCUGAUAACGACGAUGAAUUAGCAGAGGCACAGCAACUCAGCCAUCAGAUUGUAGACAUCGCUUUAGAGAUGGAAGGCACCUGCACCGGUGAACACGGUGUCGGAAUUGGCAAACGAAAAGCAUUGGAAAAGGAACACGGAUCAGCAAUCGAUUUAAUGCGUGCUAUCAAAAGUGCUUUGGAUCCUCUAAACUUAAUGAACCCCGGUAAGGUACUUGCUGAAAUUGGGGCGGAACUCAUCGCCGCGGAGACUGGCGACGAGGCAGAACUCCUAACCCUCGCACCCACCAUGGACGGCAUCCUCACCUGCUGGAAACCCGUUCGCGCGCCUGUUAUCGCCGCCGCUCAGAAAUGCCAGAUUAUUGGGCGUUGCGGCAUCGGAUUGGACAACAUCGAUGUGGAAGUGGCUACGGAACACGGGAUCGUUGUCACCAACGUUCCUGCCUAUUGUAUCGAUGAAGUUUCCGACCACGCGAUGGGGUUGCUGCUGGCGUGUGCGAGAAAAAUCUCGCGCUUCGAUCGGGCUAUUAAGGGAGGCACAUGGGAUCAGAACAUCGGGCCAACGAUGCGCAGAAUCCGAGGCAAAACGCUCGGUGUCAUCGGAUUCGGACGGAUUGCGCGGUCAAUUGUGCCGAAAGCGAAAGCGUUCGGGUUUACAAUCAACAUCUGCUCCCCACGCACCGAUCCCGAAUUAAUUCAGCAACACGGUGCACAAAAGGUUUCGUUUUCAGAACUCCUCGCAGCUUCUGAUUUCAUCACUAUCCAUGCGCCGCUAACACCAGAAACACAGGGUAUGUUUGGGAAGCCAGAAUUUCGGGCGAUGAAACCGACGGCUUAUCUGAUUAACACGGCGCGCGGGGGUAUUGUAGAUACGGCUGCACUCACUGACGCACUCCGUAAUGCUGAAAUCGCUGGUGCAGGCAGAUACGUCCCCGAAACACUCAUGCCCGCCCUUUUAGAACUCGAAAAAGCAUACGCGGAGCUCAAAGACAAUCCCGACUUCCAACAGGAAUUUCGGUACUACCUCCGUGAAUAUGUCGGGCGGCCGAAUCCGCUCUAUUAUGCCGAGCAUUUGACAGAGGCACUCGGCGGUGCAAAAAUAUAUCUCAAACGGGAAGACCUUAAUCAUACAGGUGCACACAAGAUUAACAGCGCGAUCGGUCAAAUCCUCCUCGCACGAUGGAUGGGCAAAAAACGUAUUAUCGCUGAAACAGGUGCGGGACAACACGGUGUCGCGACAGCCACUGUCGCCGCGAAGUUCGGUAUGGAAUGCGAAGUCUAUAUGGGCGAGGAAGACAUAGAACGACAGGCACUCAACGUUUUCCGUAUGCAACUGAUGGGGACAAAAGUGGUCCCGGUUAACUCUGGGUCCCGUACCCUCAAGGAUGCGAUCAACGCCUGCUUCCGAGAUUGGGUCACGAACGUCCGAACCACCUAUCUGCUUCUCGGCUCGGUUGUCGGCGCACACCCUUACCCAAUGAUAGUCCGAGACUUCCAAUCCGUCAUCGGUGACGAAGCGAGAGCCCAGAUUUUGGAGCAGGAAGGGGCUUUACCGGAUUGUGUCGUCGCCUGUGUCGGCGGCGGGAGCAAUUCACUCGGUAUGUUCUACCCAUUUUAUGCCGAUGAAUCCGUUCGGUUUAUCGGUGUGGAAGCCGCGGGAGAGAGCAUUCGUAGCGGACGACACGCCGCACCUCUCACUGCUGGCAGUGUCGGUGUCUUUCAUGGUGCUAAGUGCUAUCUAUUGCAAGAAGAUGACGGUCAGAUAACCCCCGCACAUUCAAUCUCCGCAGGAUUAGAUUACCCGGGUGUCGGACCGGAACAUAGUUAUUAUCGCGAAACCGGUAGAGCGGAAUAUGUUCCAAUUACCGAUGUAGAAGCGGUAGAGGGGUUCCAGUUGUUAUCUGAAACAGAGGGCAUCAUUCCAGCAUUAGAAUCCGCGCAUGCCAUUGCCUAUCUGCGUGAACUCGCUCCCAAGCUCGGCAAGGACAAGAUCAUUGCUGUCUGCCUCUCAGGUCGCGGCGAUAAAGAUGCCUACACUAUCGCAAACGAAUUAGGUAUCAACCUUUAG